AUGGCCAUGAGAAUAGCUUAUACAGCUUUGGAGCUAAGAAAGAAACUGCUGGGGAAGGAAUUUCCAGUUUGGGUUGUUGAUGCAGUAAUAACUGACUUUCAGACCAGAGGCUUUAUCAAUGAUGGCUUGUAUGCGGAAACAUUUUCCCGUUCUAGAUGGUCGUCCUCAACUUGGGGUCCGAGGCGAAUAAAAAAGGCCCUCUACAGCAAGGGAGUCAGCAUCAUGGACACAGAGAAGGCGAUAAAGUUAGUUUUCAAUGAUGCUUCAGCUUGUGAAGAUGAAGAAUCAGGUCUUGGUAUAUCAAAGCGUUCAAUGGAUCAUUUAUUUUCUCAGGCUUCAAAGCAUGCUCAAAAUCUGGCCUACUUCCACCUGUUAGUCGCUCCAGCGGCAUCUUCACCUUCAGAUGGCGUUAAUUGGUAUGAAGACGGGGAAGUCGCUCCAGUGGCAUCUUCACCUUCAGAUGACUUUAAUUGGUAUGAAGACGGGGAAGAUGUUCACAAAUCAGGCAAACACUCUCACAGAGAACAAGGUUUUCCCAGAUUGCCGUUGUUAUCUGCACUUGCACCUGAUGCUGAUGCUAAAGUUUUUUGGGUUUAA